AUGCAAUAAAAAGAAAUUCAGCAAUAAUUACCUCCACAAACCACCCCACAACAAAUGAAGACCAUAAUUUACAUUGAAAAUUUAGAUCAGGGUAUCUCCGAAGAUUAUUUAUAUCGUAAAUUUAAGGAAGUAGGUGAAAUCCAAAGUUUAAAGAUUACAAAGGACAAGACCACUCAGAAAUCAAAGGGAUAAGCAUUCAUUACCUUUGCUCAUCCAGAUUCUGCCGAAGAAGCAAGAAAGAAAUUCAAUAAUUCAGUGUUCAUCAGAAAUGUCAUCAGAGUCAAGCCAUACUUCAAUUAUCACAAUGCUGAUAAAAAAGCCAACAUCUUCAUUAACAAUCUACCUGAAGAUGCUGACAUUUUAGAAUUGGAGUAAGAGUUUUCCAGAUACGGUACUGUGCAAUCGGUCGAUGUUCACAGAGACAUUUUAGGAAAGCAAUUGAAUUAUGGUUACGUUCAAUUUGAGAAGAAGGAAGAUGCUGAUAACUUGAUAAAGAGAGUUAUGAAUCACCCAAUAACUCACAAGGGGAAGUUGCUGAAGUUGGAGCAAUUCAAAGCCCAAUCGGAGAGAAAGGUGGAAUCCAGUUCGAUCUAUCUGAGAGCCAUUGCUAAACCAUUACCUCAGAAGUAUUGGGAAUAGGAUAAGGUGGUCAGAGCAAUUGAAUAUGGAUGGUCUUUGAUUAUCAAAGAUUACUUCUAAAAACACGGCACUUAAGUGAAGGACUGCUUUGUUAAGAUCGAUUUACACACAAGAUAACCUUGGUCAAUGAUCUCAUUCGAAAAUUCAGAAUAAGCAAAAGACAAUUUGGAUAUUUGCGAACAAUAAAGAAAACAUCCAUGCAUAAAUUCAGGUGCUCAUCACGCAUUGGAAUUAAUCAAUAAACAUGGACCACCUGUCAAUAGUGAUGCAAGUGAAGCCUUCUCCAUUGCUGAAAUUACUUAGGCAUUCAAGGAAAUGGCUCAAGAUCAUAAUGACACUUUCAAAGGAGAAAGUGAAAAUUUCUUCUACAAUAUGGUCUACAGCAAACACUUAAAUCCAGAUGACAGAUUGAUUCUCGUUCAAAACAUCAAGGAAGAAGUUACAAAGGAGCAAAUCCAAGAGUUCUUGUCAAGAUUUGGAAAAGUUAUUCGUCUAACCAUAAGAAAGACUAAGAAUCCUAGAUUUUAGGUUCAAUAAUGCUUUGUUCAUUAUUAAACCAUGGAAGAUUCAAAGAGAGCAAGAUCAGAAAUCUAUGAUGAAAACAAUGCAGAAAUUUCUAAAAUUAAGAAAGAGAUUUUCAAGGAUGGCCAUGUGAUGAUGAAUAUAUUAUUGUCCAAAACCAUGAGAAAGGAAUUCAAGGAAGUCAAAAAACAAAGUCAAAGCAUCUUCCAAAAUCCAGGAGGUAGAUAAUUACUCCAACCUCCCUUCGGUGGAAACUUCCCAGUUAUGCCUCCUCAAAUGCCCUUCCCUCCUGGAGGAUAAGGAAUGAGACAAAUGCCUCCCAGAGGACCAAGAUCUGGCCCCUUCCCCAUGAUGAGAACCUAAGUUCCAAGACCUCACAUGAUGAACAAAUAGCCCAUGCAACCACCCAUGAACAAGGUGGUCCAACCUUAAUCAUUCAUCUAAGAAUUCUCUGAUUACACCUUAGUUUAAAGUAGAAUGGAAGAAUUCUUGAAGAUUCCUCUUGCCGAUCAAAGAAAUGUACUUGGUAAUCUGUUAUUCCAAAAAGUCUUCGAUGUUGUUAAAGAUAAAGAGGCAACCAAAAAAGUUGUAGGUAUGUUAAUUGAUCCAUCCUAAUUUGAAAUUGGUGACAUCUUGAAUAUGUUUGAAGACAACUAAGAACUUCAAACCUAUAUUGACGAUGGUCUUUCAUUGAUUAAAGAAGAAACUCAAAAAUGAGUUAUUAUUAUUGCAAAAUGUACAAAAAAAAUAAAAUAAAAUAAAUAAUUUAAAUA